UAUUAUAAUAUUCCAUCCUCCAUAUUGCAUAUAAUUGAGAGCCAAACCUAGCUUCUCUCUGCCUAAAUUUUCACAUUGAAAAAAUGGUUUUUCAACAACUACACUACUCAUUACAGAGCAAUCUUUUUGCAGUCUUCUUUAUCGUUGUCUUAUUGAUAUGUUCCAAUUGGUGCUCAUCCGUCGGUGCCCUCAACAUCGGCGUCCAAGCCAUCGAUGCCUCCGUCAGCGUGAGUAAAAGUUGUAGUAGAACUUGCGAGUCAGACUUCUGUUCGGUGCCUCCAUUUUUGAGAUAUGGCAAGUACUGUGGGUUGUUAUAUAGUGGAUGCCCUGGGGAGAAACCUUGUGAUGGGCUUGAUGCUUGUUGUAUGAAGCAUGACGCUUGCGUUCAAUCCAAGAAUAAUGCGUAUUUAAGCCAAGAGUGCAGUCAAACGUUCCUAAAUUGCAUGACAAGUUUUAAGAACUCGGGAGGCCAUACAUUCAAAGGCAACACAUGUGACGCGGGGGAGGUUAUUGAAGUUAUAUCCGUUGUUAUGGAGGCCGCUUUGCUUGCUGGCCGAUAUCUUCAUAAGCCUUAAUAAUUAAUUCUAUGACGCCGGAAAAUCACCCUCAACAAUAAUAAAUUUCUCAUGCAAUUCAAAUUUUAUAUAUUCGGAACAAUUUCGAUUUCAAA